AUAUUAAUAUAAUAUAUAUAUAUCACAUAUGUAUUUUUGUCGUGCAAUAUCGAAUAUAUAUGAUAUUGGUAUGCUUUUCAUAAAAGUGUCGUGUUCCCUUGUGGUAGACUUCAGCAUUCAGUGUUUGUAAUUCGCAGACGGUCCCUGGAGUUCAAAUCAAUCCCAGCGUGCAGUGCGCCACUAACGGCUCCAUACCAUAGACCUCAUUGCCGGUGGUUUGCAGGCCGAGUGGAUUUGGAAACAGGGAGCCGUGCUGUACCAUACCCGCGUCAGUACUGUCAGCCGAACCGAGCCGAACCAAACCGUGUUGCGAGCACAGAGUGCCUCAGGUAACCUCCGGUUAGACAGAGUUUUGUGGUGAGGGCAACACUCGAGGCCGAAAGCGGAUUCCGGAGGGGACAACAGAGCGAACCGAAACAACUAGAACCUAGCUGAACCGAACCCGGACCCGGACCCGGACCCGGACUACCCUGGGCGCCAUGGCCGAGCCUAUGCAGCCCCAAACCCCCAGCCGACACGAGAAGAGCCUCGGGUUGCUCACCGCCAAAUUUGUUACCUUACUUCAGGAGGCCAAAGACGGAGUACUGGAUCUUAAAGUGGCAACAGACACCCUUGCAGUCAGACAGAAGAGACGGAUCUAUGACAUCACCAACGUCCUUGAGGGAAUCGGGCUGAUAGAGAAGAAGUCCAAAAACAGCAUUCAGUGGAAAGGGGUCGGCCCCGGCUGUAAUACGCGGGAGAUUGCAGACAAGCUGAUUGACAUGAAGGCGGAGCUGGAGGACCUGGAGAGACGGGAGCACGAGCUGGAUCAGCAGAGGGUGUGGGUGCAGCAGAGCAUCAAGAACGUGACCGACGACAUCCAGAAUAGCAAAUUAGCUUAUGUAACCCAUGAAGAUAUCUGCAGCUGCUUCAAAGGGGACACCCUUCUAGCUAUCCGAGCUCCAUCAGGCACGCAGUUGGAGGUUCCAGUCCCAGAGGGGGUGCUGAAUGGACAGAAGAAGUAUCAGAUCCACCUGAAGAGCACGAUUGGCCCCAUCGAGGUGCUGCUGGUCAACAAGGACACAGCCAGCUCUCCGCCCGUGGUGUUACCAGUGCCGCCUCCCGAGGACCUGAUUCAGAGCUUGCCCACAGCCACCACACCAGCCACGCCCAAACAGCCCACCCUGGCCUCCCAGCCAAGCACUCCGCAGCCUACGCUACAACCCUCCACUCCAGUGCCAGCCAGCCAGGCUGCCCACCAAACCACACCCCUGCCAACGGCCUCGCCAGCCAGCACCGCUGUCCACACUAUGCCUGCACCAGAGGCUCCCAGCAGUGGACUUGACCUCUCCCCACCAACAACAGAAAUACCAAACACCAACCAGUCAGCGUCCUUAGACACCCAACCCCUCCAGUCCUCUGCCUCAUUGGACAGCAGCACCGCCCUUCCUGCAUCGUCCAUGUCCUUUGAACCUAUCAAGUCAGAUCCUUUAGAAUUGCUCGAUUUCCCCAAAGAGUUAUCAGAAAUGUUUGAUCCUACUAAAGAAUGUAUGAGCGCAGACCUGCUGGAAGAACUCAUGUCCUCAGAAGUGUUUGCUCCCUUGCUGCGGCUCUCCCCUCCCCCUGGCGACCACGACUACAUCUACAACCUGGACGAAAGUGAAGGCCUCUGUGACCUUUUUGAUGUCCCCAUCCUCAACCUUUGACCGACUGAACUUUGCCAUUUGGGGCGCUUGUGAAUAAGGACUUCAGAGACAAAACUAAAAUAAAUAUUUUUGCCAUUUUUAAAAAAAAAAAAUCUACAUCUAUUUUUGGAUCCUUGUUUGUGAGAGCUGUUUUCGACGACACAAGAACAACGUUUUUAAUUUCCUGGACCCUGGCAAACUGACUUAAAUUGAACAGGAAGACCCCUGUUGACCUCUGUGACACAUCAAUGGCUUCUAGGAACAAACAGAUUCCUCUCCAGGCUGGCCCUCAGUAAAAUUUAAGAGACACAGUUGUGGAAGCUUCUCAUCUGCAGCUACUCUCUCAAAAUUCUCUGCAGAACAAAAUGCAGAAGUGCAGAGGCUGUGGUAUAUGCCUUGUUGUAUAUGUAUUUUGUAUAGUUUCAUAUUAAUCUUUAUUCAGCAUGCUGGCUUAGCACACUACAGUGAUGUCACUAUGCAUGUUGACCAAUGGUCUGAUAUCAGGACAGUUAAAAGCUCAACUCCCUUAUGAAUGACUUGCUUUUAAACAAAAAAAAAAAAAAAUCCUCUGUUUGUCUGACAUUUUGUGAGUUUUCAAAUCUUUCCUAUUUUUAAUGAGUUAAAAAAACAAAAACUGAUAGCCAUUUUACAUUUCCUCUCAUGUACUAUCUGUGUUUUAAAUAGUUUGAUUUGCAGAAGGGGGAAACAAUUGUUACUUGUGCUCCAUGUGUUGCACUAGAGAACAUACUUUAUUCACAGUGCAGGGGUUACAAAAGAGAACAGUGGAAAGGUAAACCUUCAAACACAAAUGUUUGGAAACUGAGAGGUUUCAACAAGAAUACAAAGCUAUGUAUUUUAAUUUACAUAACUGUAAUUUAUCUUGAAGCCGGCAGUGGAGAAUAAUGCAACCCCCUCCCUCUACCUGGCCUCUAGCUGCAUGCAUUGAGACAAUGCUGUCCGCUCCCAUCUCAGCCACAGUGCAUGGCACAGCCACGUUAUGUGUAUAGUUCCGAGUGUGGUGUGUGUUUGUUUAACCCCAGAAGUAGGUAUUUCUCUCCUCUUACAAUUUCCAUUUUACUUUGAUUUACAUUUAAUGGUUUUACAAUAUCCGGAUCAAAUAAAAGUCAUAAACAAAAGACAUCUUGGCAGCUCUAGGUGGCAAUUCAGUCCUUUGGUUAUCAAGGGGGAGGGGUGAGGGGGUUGUGAUAAUAGUCGUUCAGUGACUCAGUGAUAAUGCUGUUUAUUAAGGGGGGUGGGGAGGGUUAGAGAGUUGACCUAUAUGCUCACAUUUCGGUAGAUCAGGUUCUGUGAACCUGGUGUGUGGAGAAUAUGUAUUUUUAUUUCCUCUUGCAGCUUUCUGCUAGGAUUGAAUAUGAACUCUAGUGUAGUGCCAGGAUUCUUUUUAUAGAUACUGCUGUGCCAAAGCUUCUAAUUUUACCCUGCGUAAAUUACUGAAAAGGAAAAUUAAAAAAAAAAAAAGAAUUUAUUGCUUAAGGCUAUCUGCAUUGCUGUACAAAUGUACUGUGCCUGCGUGUGUGCGCAUUUUUGUUUUAAGCCAGUAACUACAGAUAAAACCUCUAACUGCUGUAUUUUAAUGAAAUGAAACAGAAUGUGGAUUGCUGAUCCAUGCUAAAACAUCGAAACAUGAGGCGACUUUCAGGAAACUUUGUCCACUGUUGAAGCAAAUGGAGUGAAUGGGGGGUGGGGUUGCUUGAAAAUCUUAACUUUGUUUUCUGAAAAGUUUUCUCUUCUAAAUAAUCCAGCUGUUUUCUUCCACUUAACUUUGUCCUAGUGUCGGGCAGAACUGCCCUUUGUGCUCCCAAGUCGCAUCUUUGUUUUCUUUUUAUAUACUAUGAACUUUUGUGACAAAAUGCCUGUUUCACUGACGCUGUGUUUAUGUGAAUUGUCUGUCCUGUCCGGUUACUCAAUUUUAGAACUACAGGUUUUGUAUGUUGGGAUACUUUACCCUGUUAUUAGUGUGUGUGUGUGUGUGUGUGUGUGUGUGUGUGUGUGUGCAGAAUAUUUCGGCAAGGUGUCUUUAUUAAGAGGUCCCAACUAAUUAAGUUCCUUGGAAGUACUCAAGGAGUUUUCGUAGUAGCUGACUGCCCUUCCCUUGCAGUUUGCUGCUGCUGAAGGAAUAUUUUAAUCCUAUUAAAUCUGUACCAUGAUUGCUCUUUGCCUGUAAAUAUGACUUUUUGUUUUGUUGCGUUUGCUGUUUUUAUGAAUUCCAAGUACCAUCUUGGCAUUCAAUGUUGCAUAUAACUCAAUGGUGCUAGUGUACCCUAUAUACUACAGGCUUCUUUGUGAGGCUGUGCCACUUCAAUGAGACUCCUAGGCUCUUCUGUGUAUACCUUAUGAACAGUUAUUUUUAUAUUUGUGGAGUAUAUAAUCGUAUCAUCAUUUUUUUUCUUUUUUGUAGACAGAGUAAAGGUAUAGAACCAAGUCAUCUCGAGAAACAGUAGCACUUUACAGGAGGAAGCAGGAUGAGACUUGUUGGCGUUGGGAAGUUAAGCCAUUUCACAAACAUUCUUUCCUGUCCAGGGAAUUUUUGUCUUUUACAGUUCAGGUUUGAAAAGGUUGGAGAGAGCGAGGCAUAUAUGUAAAAACAAACAAACAAACAAACAAACAAAAAAGUGUAAUUAACUGGUUCCCUAUGGCUGCCAUUAUCCUGAACUAUCCAAAUAAAGAAACGCAUUUUAACUCUGAA